AUGACGAGCAAGCUGGCCCCCUUCCUCAUGCGGACCGCCGUCCGGUCGGCAAGCCGGGCUGCGCGGCCACUUGCGCCCCAAACCCGCGCAUUCUCGCUGUCGAUGCGGAAACAGAGCGACACCCUCAUGGUGCAUCGCAAUACACCCGACAACAACCCCGACAUCCCGUUCAAGUUCACCGAGCAGAAUGAGGCCAUCAUCACCGAGGUCCUCAAGCGCUACCCGCCGCAGUACAAGAAGGCCGCCGUCAUGCCGCUUCUCGACCUCGGCCAGCGCCAGCACGGCUUCACCAGCAUCAGCGUCAUGAACGAGGUCGCCCGCAUCCUCGAGAUGCCCCCGAUGCGCGUGUACGAGGUCGCCUCGUUCUACACCAUGUACAACCGCACACCCGUGGGCAAGUUCCACGUCCAGGCUUGCACGACGACACCCUGCCAACUCGGCGGCUGCGGCAGCGACGCCAUCGUCAAAGCCAUCAAAGAGCACCUGGGCAUCAAACAAGGCGAGACCACAAAGGACGGCCUCUUCACCUUCAUCGAAGUAGAAUGCCUGGGCGCCUGCGUCAACGCCCCCAUGGUGCAGAUCAACGACGACUACUACGAGGACCUGACCCCCGAGACCACCAAGUCGCUGUUGACGGCGCUCAAGGAGAGCGUGACAGCCGUGGGCAAGUCUAAGACUAACGCAGCGGCGGUGCCGAAGCCGGGCCCGUUGAGUGGAAGGGAUACGUGCGAGAAUAGCGCGGGCGUGACGAAUUUGACGAGUGAGCCGUGGGGGGUGGAGAAGACGAGGAGUGAUUUGUAG